GACUAUUUGCGACUGGGAAAGGGCCACAUGCUGCCGCGCAUCGGGACCAUGCAGACCACCUCCAGGCUGCUCAGCGGGGCGCUCCUAUGCGCACUGCUGCUUCUCUCCAGUGCCGCUGGAGCCGAAGUGUUUGACACCGAGUCCGAAGAGGAGCUGAGCCCCAGAGCCCUGCGGGACUUCUAUCCCAAGGGUCCGAACCUGACGAGCGAGAAGCAGCUGCUCGGAGCUCUCCAAGAAGUUCUUGAAAAGCUGCAGGCUAAACGACUACCUUUAUGGGAAAAGAAAUUUGGCCAAGUCCCAACGUGUGAUGUCGGGGAGCAGUGCGCAGUGAGGAAAGGCGCGCGGAUCGGAAAGAUGUGCGACUGUCCCCGGGGAGCUUUCUGCAACUUUUUCCUGCUGAAGUGCUUAUGAGCCUCGCUGGAUUUGAAUGUAGCAUUGAGAUGGGGGAAGAGAGGAAAAACUGUCACUCGAUUCCUUUGUAAUUACUGUCAUAUUUUUUAUGAUGCAGAUGGGGGGCAGCUGGGGCGACUGCCCAACCCUUACGAAAAAGAACUAUAGUAGUUCUAUGAUAUUGUAUCAAAGAAAAAAUAUAAUGAUAUUAUCGUGAUGGACAGGAGAGUACUAUAAAGACCCAUAAGGUUAAAUAUUCAGAACCACUUUAUGUCCGUAGGAAACUCACAGGAUCGUUCUCGUGAUGUAGCUUAUAAAUAACUCACAAAGCACUAUAAUAAA